AACCUAAAAAUGCUUCUUCUGUGAGAGCAAACACGACAUAUUCAGAAGUGCUUCUUCGGAGAAGCACUUUUUUCUCACGCGCAUUGGCUCAAGCUUUCUCGGGUUCUCUUGUGUGACACACUCUCAAACUCAUGCUCUCUCCCUCUCAAUUCUUACGCAACAACAACAAUUACGACGCUGAUUCUCUUGGUCUCGAAUUGGUUGGAUUUGGAUUUCAGAACAGAUUCGAAUUGUUAUUGACUCAGGAUUCGAUUCGCUUUGGGGUUCAGAAUCUAUUUGCGCUCAAAAUUUCAACUCGGAGCAGUUUGAGUUAAAGUUAGAGCAAGCAUACGAUAUCAUAAAGCUGAGAAUGGAGGAAUGCUUACCGGUUGAAGCAAUGAGGAGAAGAAAAUGUAGCUUUCGAUCUUGCUCACAAGGAGAAAGUACUAUUGCGUGUGCUUUGAGCCAAAGCUUGCACUCCAAAGGAAAACUGACUUACAUCCUCGAUGGUGACAAUAUUCGGCAUGGUCUAAACCGUGAUCUUAGUUUUAGAGCAGAAGAUCGUUCAGAAAACAUUCGAAGGAUUGGUGAGGUUCUACUAUCUUUAAUAAAUAUACACGCACUAGGAUUGGUGAGGUUUUCACUUUGGAGUUUUAUUCAUUUAUGCAUUGAUCUUGAAGACAACCCUUCACAAACUUUGCGACCUGCAGACUGUUUUGACUCAUGAAAACAGAGGUUGGUGAUCAAUUGGGCAUAUAUAUGGAAUAUGUCAAUCCUGGAUCACUUCAAAAGUUUAUGCAAGAACAUAAUGGGGCUCUGACAGAAUCAGUGGUUCGCAAUUUUACACGGCAUAUUCUCUCUGGAGUGGUGUGCUUACAUAGCACCGAGACUUUCCCCAGGGACGUUAAAGGUGCAAACUUGCUAGUUGAUCCAUCAGGCAUUGUCAAGCUUGCAGGUUUUGGGGUGUCAAAAACUGUUGUAACACUGUUUGGUAUGCCUCAUAGUUACUGAUAAGUGGGUGGUCAUUCGAGAGUAUGGUGCAGUCGCGCAGAGGUAGACCCAAUUGGCCGAACUUUGUGAUGAAACAUUGUGUGUUCUUCGUCUGAAUUUUCUUUCAUAUAUUUUCACUUUUGAACCAGAUUGCUGCUCUAGCAUGACCAAAAAUAUUGAGCCAUAGAAGCACACUUUUAAAGUAAAGCCCUGUACUUUCUAGCUUCAUUAUAAAUUCAAUGUGUAGUCGUGUAUUUUAGAAUACAAUUCUGUCUUCAAUCAAAUACAUUGCUCAAUGUGUAGUCCUGUACUUUCUAGCUUCAUUAUAAAUUCAAUGUGUAGUCGUGUAUUUUGGAACAAACUGAAUUUUAGCUAUCAACUCUUUUUCGAUUCUGUUUCGA